GGGCUUGUCUUAACCAACAUUGGCUGGACUGCUCUUAUUCAGCUUUUAUCAGAACAAUACACACCUCAGGCUGUCAGGGCUGCCUUUAUGAGAGGACAGUGGAUGGAGAGAAGAAAAUAUUUUAGCAAGAUGUAUCUCCCUGAUUUUUGGAUAGUGCUCCUGGGUUGUUUAGCCCUAUGUCAAGCGGCACCCACCAUUGCUCCAACGGUUUCACCAGAGGACCAAGACCUGGCUGAGGGAUACCUUUCUCAGUUCUACGGUGAUGUUGGAAUGGCAAACGUCUCAGUGCGAAGCAUCUCCAAUGACUCCUUCAGUCAGGACCUGCAGGCCAUGCAGGCUUUCUUUGGUCUGGAGGUGACUGGCGUCCUGAACAAAGAGACAGUGGAGGUGAUGAAGGCACCUAGGUGUGGCGUGUCAGACAUCAGCCGAUAUGGACACUUCCCUGGGAGACCCAAAUGGGGGAAAAGGUUAAUUACAUACAGGAUCACUCAGUAUACUCCAGAUCUGAGCCGGAGUCAGGUGGAUGCAACCAUUGCUAAAGCCUUCCAACUCUACAGUGAUGUCAUCCCCCUGGACUUCAAACAGGUCACCACAGGCACUGCGGACAUCAUGAUCCUCUUCAAGGGUGGAUAUCAUGGAGACUUUUACCCUUUUGAUGGAGCGGGUGGAGUCUUGGCUCAUGCUAACUCUCCUGGACAAGGUCAGGGGGGAGACACACACUUUGACGAUGAUGAAACCUGGACUCUUACCCAAAGAGGUGUGAAUCUGUUGUUGGUGGCGGCCCAUGAGUUCGGCCACGCUCUGGGCCUGGAUCACUCCAGGGACAGACGAGCGCUGAUGUACCCCACCUAUCAGUAUGUCAACACAAACGGGUACAAGCUUCCAGAUGAUGACAGGCGCGGAGUUCAGGCCCUUUAUGGAAGCCGUACACCAGCCCCCACAACACAACCAAAACCAAAACCACCUCCUGUUCCAGAACCUGAACCAGAACCAGAGGAACCAACAGAAAAACCUGACCCUCUGCCCAACCCCCGAGAUGAGCAGUGCAGCCGUGCACUGGUGUUUGAUGCAGCUACCUCCAUCAGGGGAGACCUGUACUUCUUUAAAAAUGGAUACUACUGGAGAAAGAGUACAUCUUUCCAAGGCAUCCAUUUCACUAAAGUGAGCACAAGGUGGUCUGGGAUCAACUAUGUCGACGCUGCUUUUGAAGUCCCACAAAAUGAUGUCGUGUAUCUAUUUGAAGGUCGACAGUACUGGGGCAUAAGGGCUUAUGCAAAGACAAAAAUUUCAGGCUAUCCAAAGUCUCUCACUAGUCUCGGCCUCCCCUCCUCUGUCAGUAAGGUUGACGCAGCUGUUUAUGUACCAACUACUGGAAAAACAUUCAUUUUUGUGAAUAACCAGUAUUGGAGCUAUGAUGCAAGCAGAAACCAGAUGGACUUUGGAUACCCACGAUAUAUCACUCAGGAUUUCCCUGGCGUUGGCUCCAAAGUAGAUGCAGCCUUUGAGAAUUAUGGAUAUUUAUAUUUCUCAAGUGGCCCCAGACAGAGUGAGUACUACCUGCCCUACAAGAGAGUGAUGCGUGUACUACUCAACUAUGGCUGGCUCAACUGUUACUGAGACACUACUGUCUAAGCCCUUAAUGUAACUACAGUUACAUGCAUUCAUGAAUCAUGUGGAUAACAGUAUUAUUUUUUCUUAUGAUGUGAGGAACAGCUCUUAGACGUAUGUUGUUUUGUAGCCUAACUACUGCUCGACUGCUGACAUAGAAACAAAUAAGUGAGACAAAGGUCAGUGAAUGUUUACCAUUUGAUCAAUUCUGUAAAUAAUCUUUGACCUGUUUUAAAAUGUCCUUGGUUCAUUUUGCAAAGGAACUGAUUGUACUGAUGGUGAAUGUAUUUGCUAAGAGAUGUUUACUCAUUUUAGUGAUGCUGAAUUUCAUAAUGUUGGGUGUAAAAUAAAGGGUUUAAAAAGCUG